AAAUUUCGCACCUAUAAAAGCCAUGCGAGCUCGAUAGUAUCGCUCUUGAAUCUCUGUUACUCCGAUUGUUGAAUUCUGUAUCUUUCCUUAUUCGAUCAUGGCGAACAUUAGGGUUUUCUUCAUCCUCGCUCUUCUUCUUCUCUCCUCUUCUUUCUUCCUUCAAGUUGCUAGGUCUCAGUCUGAUUCAGACGCGGAUGCUGAUGCUGAUGCUGAGCUUGUCACUGAAACUGUUCAGGAAGGAGGAGAUAUUGGGAUUGUAGGUGAUGACAUCCAGGACUUUGGUGGUGGGAAUUUUAGUCCAGCUCCUGGUGUCAAAACAGUGUGUGUUUUCCCCAAGAAUCCUGUGAAAGUUGUAGUAGCAGGGCAAGAGACUGAACUUUUGAUUGGACUGAAAAAUGAGGGGGAGCAGAGUGUGAAGGUCCUUGCAGUUUAUGCUAGCGUCCAUCUUCCUUUUGAUCAUCAGAUGUUGGUCCAAAAUCUCUCUACACAGGCUUUCAACAAUGCAUCAGUUCCUGGUUCAGUUCAAGCUACUUAUCCCUAUAUAUUCGCCGUCAGCAAGUUUUUACAGCCUGGAACAUUUGAUCUAGUUGGAACAAUAGUGUAUGAGAUAGACAAUCUACCAUACCAGAAUACAUUCUACAAUGGCACCAUUGAAGUUACUGAAGCUGGUGGCCUUAUUAGCGUUGAGACAGUGUUCCUGGUUUCCCUUGGUCUUGCUCUUCUUGUCCUCCUUGGCUUGUGGGUUCGUGGUCAGCUACAAAACCUUUCCAAGAAAACCAAGAGGGUGAAGGUGGAAGUUGGAACUCGGACGGUUGAUGCAUCUAUGGAUGAGUGGCUGCAGGGAACUGCUUAUACUCUAUCGCAGUCUAACAAAUCGAAAAAGAAGAAGUAGAGGAGUGUUGCAGGAAUAGAUUUUUGUAACUCUUGUACUCUACUGUAGAAUGAGCAGGAACUUCCGUUUUCCCGGAGGUUUUGAUGAGUUUUAGCAGCUUUUUUUUUUUUUUUUUUGCUAGCAGUUUUCCGACAUUUGAUUUAUUUUUCGAGUGCUUUAUAUAAUUGCAGUUUUCUUCUUGGCAU